AUGACCAUCGGUCUGACUCUACCGUUAUCACCAGCCCCACGCUUAUCUGGCCAUGACGCCUGGCGCUUAUCAGUUCAAUUCGUAGCUGACCACCGCUCCAUUAGUGCUUUUGUCAGGUCGAUUUCUCCUCAACUUGCCUCCUUUUCAGCACUUCCAGCUGUGGACGUCGCCAUGUUACGUGCUGGACACUUCUUCUUUCGGUCAUGUCGCUUGAUAACUACCAGAAAAUCAGGCAAUAACCAAAUUUCUCUCACAAGAACUUCAUCGUCUGUAACGGCCACCGAACCCCGAGCAGUGACACCUAUCCCGUCAGUAGGUGUUACGCCAGUGGGGAUUAUAAAAAAUCGCAAGCAUCACCUCCUCAUCAACAGCAGAGAAGAACUGAAAAAGGCGCAAAGAAUUGUAGUGAAGCUAGGCAGCGCCGUCAUUACCCGAGAGGAUGAGUGCGGUUUGGCUCUUGGACGACUUGCUUCCAUUGUUGAGCAGGUGGCUGAACUACAGCAAUCCGGUCGUCAGAUGCUUAUAGUAUCGUCAGGGGCGGUAGCAUUUGGUAGGCAAAAGCUACGUCAAGAGCUUGUCAUGAGCAUGAGCAUGCGACAAACACUCAGAGGCCCAUCAGGAAUGACAGCAGAUAAAAGAGCUUGCGCAGCAUCUGGAAUGCCUGGACUGAUGUCACUAUAUGAGCAACUAUUCCAGCAGUAUGGCAUCACUGUGGCACAGGUCCUUCUUACGAAACCGGACAUAGAUGACCCACAAAGAAGGAAGAAUCUGCAAGCCACAAUUGAGAGUUUGCUUGCUCUCAACAUCAUCCCUAUAGUCAACGCAAACGAUGCUGUGGCUCCAGAUCCAAAGCUCAAUAUGUACAAACGCCGAGCUCCGGCAUAUACGACGUAA